AGUGUUCAGUUCCGGAGUGCUGAGUGAAGGCUGGAGGCAACGGCAUCUGAAAGAAAAUAAUAAAGGAAACGAAGAGACGCAAGCACGGGAGAAAGACGCUGUGGUCCACCUCAAGAACAGUUUGUCAGCUUUUCCAAAGAGGCUGUAAUGUGCUGACAUACCACUAUGGGCAGGCGCUACCCAGGAGCUUACUAUUGUUCAAACAAGUCACAUUUCAAAUUCUGACCUAUAUGCUGAUAUCUCCAUUGUUGAAGCCCUCCUGUGAUUCAUGUCUGAAGUGCUUCCAGUUGAUUCCUCUAUGGACAUAAUGUCAGUGUGUGUGGCAUCAAAUGGCAGUGUAACGGACGUGGUAAAUCGCAACAGCACUGCUCCCCCCAACUCACUCAGCCUGCGCACCUCCCACAACGAGCUGCUCAACUCAGAGGUCAAUCUUACAGAGGUCAAGAACAACACCCCGCCAAAGUGUCGCAAGAAAUAUGCCCUAACCAGCAUCCAGAGUGCCAUGGGCCUAAGUGAGCCAGCAGCACAGCCCCCCCUGGGCAACACCACCACCACCUCCUCUUCAGCCAACCCAAAACUGGCCAAAAACGGGGAGAACCAGCUGCGCAAAGCAGCCGAGCAGGACCUAAACAAGAACUUUACAAAGUCCACCACAGUCUCCGGUCGGAACAUCAUCUCUGAAAAACUGGAGGGUAAGGAGAUCAAGGCACAGGAGUCCGAUCAGCCCAAGAGAAACAAGAGCUUCCUGAACGACUUUGUUGACCUGGAGGGAGAGACCCUACUUAAUGAACGGAACUCCAAAGAGGGACAGGAUCCUCCAGCUCUGGGAAUUUUGCUGAACGGUGACAACCUCCCACCCUCCAACAAUCAAAACGAGCCUGCCAGCCCCGAAGAGUCUCAGAUCUCCAUGGCCUCGUCAAGCCCUGAGACUAAAAAGGAUCAGCCCAAAACAGGUGCCAAAACUGACUGUGCUCUCAGCCGGAUCCAGAGCCUGGCCCCCAGCGAUGAGGACUCCAGUUGGACAACACUGUCGCAGGACAGUGCCUCCCUCAGCUCACCAGAGGAAGCAGCUGAUAUAUGGAGUGACCAGUCAUUUCAGACCGAUCCCGAUCUGCCCCCGGGCUGGAAGAAAAUCAAUGACAUGGGUGGUAUAUAUUACUGGCACAUACCAACAGGAACAACCCAAUGGGAACGCCCUAUCUCUUUAUCAGCUGACAUCCCAGGGUCACGAAAUGGGUCACUGAGUUCAGUUACCCCGUCUCCUACUCCAGAAAAUGAGCAGGCAGAGAUUCAGAAUGAGGUGUUUCAUGGGCCUGCAAUCUGGCCUGCAAGCAGUGAGUCAGAAGACUCCGCUGAGCAGUCUGCCAUCUCGUCCUCUGACAGCACCGUGCCCUCCUGUGGCUUUGUUAACAGUUGUUACUUUAAACAGCCAUGGAGUGAUUUUGCUGUGCUGAAUGGGGGAAAGAUUGAUAGUGAAAUUUGGAAGGAUCUGCAAGCAGCUACAGUAAAUCCUGACCCCAGUCUAAAGGAGUUUGAAGGAGCCACCUUGCGCUAUGCCUCUUUGAAACUCAGAAAUGUGUCCCAGUCGGACGAGGAGGAUUCCUGCAGCAUUAACAGUGACCCAGAAGUCAAGUGCUUUGCAGUGCGCUCUCUGGGCUGGGUGGAAAUGGCAGAGGAGGACCUGACUCCGGGGAAGAGCAGUGUUGCUGUUAAUAACUGCAUCCGUCAGCUCUCCUACUGCAAAAACGACAUCCGAGACACAGUCGGGAUAUGGGGAGAGGGCAAGGAUAUGUAUCUGGUUUUGGAGAACAAUAUGCUGAACCUGGUUGACCCCAUGGAUCGCUCAACUCUUCAUUCCCAGCCCAUUGUGAGCAUCCGAGUGUGGGGAGUAGGCCGGGACAAUGGGAGAGAGAGGGACUUUGCAUAUGUAGCAAGAGACAAAGACACCCGGAUCUUAAAAUGUCAUGUGUUCCGAUGUGACACCCCAGCGAAAGCCAUUGCAACCAGUCUUCACGAAAUCUGUUCCAAGAUCAUGGCAGAGCGUAAGAGUGCCAAAGCCGUAGCUGGCAGCUCUCUGCAGGAGCGAGUUAAUGUGGGUCUGGAUGUUCCCCUGCAAGAUUUCCCAACACCAAAGACAGAGCUGGUGCAGAAGUUCCAUGUGCUGUACCUGGGAAUGUUACCUGUGGCCAAACCUAUAGGGCCUGGGGGCAACAACUCCCAGAAAAUGCAAUUGCUAACUCUUAACAGCAUGGAUAUACUAAACGGUGCAAUAGACAGCCUGGUGUCUACCUCCAGCAGAGAAGACUGGGUGCCAGUCAUUUUAAAUGUGGCUGAUGCUACAGUUACAGUGAUCAAGGAAAAGAAGGAAGAUGAGGUACUGGUGGAGUGUCGAGUCCGCUUUCUUUCCUUCAUGGGAGUCGGAAGAGAUAUCCACACUUUUGCUUUCAUCAUGGAUUCAGGAAACCAGCAUUUCGAGUCCCAUGUUUUCUGGUGUGAGCCCAAUGCUGGGGAUGUGUCUGAGGCAGUACAGGCGGCUUGUAUGUUGCGGUACCAGAAGUGUUUAGUCGCCCGACCUCCUUCACAGAAAGCCCGCUCUGCCAGUCCUCCAUCAGACUCUGUGACCAGACGCGUCACAACCAGCGUGAAACGAGGAGUAUUGUCCCUUUUUGACACUUUGAAACAGAAGAAACCCGUAGCAGAGCUGCCACAGUAGUAAUCUAAAGCCCAGCCAGGAAGGAUUCGUAGGAACUUUUGGAAGAGUUGUACAGUACCAGUUUCCGUAGCUACACAGGAACACUCUGGUAUUCGGCCUUCCUUCCAUUUGUCUCUGCCUCUCCGUCUCCAGUGUUCUAUCUUAUUAAGUGUACAACAAGCAUGUUCUAACAUUCUAGCUGUCAUGAUGUGAUGUGAAGAGAUGCAUGAAUACAUUUUUUUUUUUUGUUUUUUUUUGGGACUAUUGUUUCUCUUUUUUUCUGUGGUGGGAUCGAGUUCUUUGGAGCGACAUACUUUCCCUGAUGUUCAGUAAUAUUGCGUCCUUAGGACUAGUUACCCACCUGAAAUACAGAUAUACUUUACCAGAGCACUUUUCUCUGUCACCGACUCUGGAAUAGAUAGUAAAUAUGGCUUGGUGUUAUUGUGUCAUUGCUGUUCACAUACAGCUCCUCCUGCAGCGUUGCUAUCCAUGAUUUGCAUUUAAAAACAAGGUUGUUUUACUCCUUUUUAAGUUCUAUGCAUAUGUUAGGCUCUGCAGAUCUUUAUGGUUUGAAUCACUUGGUCGGGUACGGAAGUUGUACACGGUUUGAAGAUGCUGUUUGACACACAUUCCAUAGAUGUUGUAAAUUCACUGCUGGUAAAUCUUGUGUCAGUUGUGGCCACUUUUCCUAACUUAGUUGCAGUACUUGUUAGGUGAUUGUAAAAUGUGUUUCUAGUUGUGGGUGAUCUUAAAUAAGACAGAUGUCUUGCACAAGCUCUUGGAGGGGAGUGUGAGGUGGGGGGUGGGGGGUAGAGGGUCCCAAACCUGUGUGCACAUUUCUAUAAAUUGAAAAUAUUAGCAUUAAAUGUAUAUGAAGAUACCUUCUGUUUGCAAAGAACCCUGUAGGAGGGGAGGGGUGAUGAAACAUGAUAGAAAUGCAUGAAUUGUAUGUGUGUCUUAUCUUUCACUACACUGCGUUAAAAUACCGUAUCAUUUAUUUAUAGUGUUUGGGUUUUUUUUUUUGCCUCCAAGCAGUUUUGCUCUCUUGCUUAACUUUACCAAGGUGACAUCGUGGCAAGAAUUCGCUUCUUAUGAGUGAUGAUCAAAACCUUGUAAUUCGGUAACAAAUUAAACUGCAGCAUUCAUAGUGUCAAUCAUUAUCUUAUUAAUGUCAGUACUAUAUGUAUAAACAUGUAAAUAUCCAGCACAUAUUUGAAUUUAUGUAAAGCUUUUAAUUCUUUGAGAAAAUAUCAGCUGCUCUAUUGGGCAGGCCCAGCAAAUGAACAAAACACCUUUUUUAUAUAAAAGAAAGUUGAAAGUUUGAGAACAUGUGAAUUUGUUCUCUUUGUAAAUCCAGAUUUGCAUGCAUACAUCCAUCACUUUAUAAGCAAUUUUUAUUUACAUUUUUUGGAAAGCCUUGAAACAUCUUUGUCAAAUACUCUGUUAUGGCUAAAACGUAAUUCUUAGAUGUCAGGGUUGUAGAUAUAUAUUUAAAAAAAAAAAAAAAAAAAGUAAAUCUGAUUUUAUUUACUGUGUUUAGCCCAGUCAGUUGCAGUGAGACUACAGUUACCCAAGCAUUAUCUAUGCAGUCUUUAUAUCUAGCUGUUCUCAAAGCAGAUGUCACUUUGCCUUGCAUGUACUGUGACAAUUAAAAAAAAUUAAGUGAAAUAUGUAUUUUUUAUUUAUUCUUUAUGUUGAAGUAUACCAGGUUGUUAUUAUGUUGAGAUAUUAUGUUUUCUGUAUUCUCUCUGUCUCACACACUGUAGCCAGCACUAAUUACUCAAUUGUAAUUAUUUGUCAAGAUGACAAUGUAGAUUAAUAAAGGAUUAUUCACACAUAUCUGAAAGACUGAACCAAAGCUUUGCUGUGUAGCAGGCUGGACAAAUAACCCUGUAGCAUAAUGCAAACAUUUGCUCUCUUCUAGCUGUGAAAAUAUGCUGAAGAUUCCAGUAUACAUAUCAGAUAUGAUGUGGCAGUGCAGCUGAAUAUUGCAUUUGAUCAAUUACAGCCAUGUUGCUUCUGAGGAUGGUAAUGCUGUCCUUGCUGUUUUAUAAAGUUGUACAGUAAAGAAAAAAAACACGCAUGAAGGGAUUUGUGCCCCAAGGAUAUGUGUGUAUGUCUGUUGAGUGUGUUGUACAGUUGAGUUGACUGAGCAUUAGACUGUUGUAGCCCCAGCCAUCCAAAAUUAAACAAACCAUUCCACCAGUUGUGUAAUGCUGAGUCCGAAAGAAGGUGGGCAUGUCUAAGUCUGAAACAAACGCGGUAUCUGCAGCAGCUCUGGGAACAUGCACAUCACAAGAAUGUACCCAAGUACAGUACUUUGUAGUCUUAUGGCCUGUUGUGAAUACACAUCAUUUACUUCUGCUGUAUUUUUGGUUCUGGCCAACUUCUGUAAUUAGUCGAAGUCAGGUGUUCAAAAUGCUUGUUACUUUUAUGCAGCUGAUUUACAGUAAAGAAGUUGGUUUCUUCUGCUGCUGUUCACUAAUUUUACACCAUAUAAAUGUAAUCUGUUGUGAGAAUAAACUGCAUAUAAAAAUACA